CGCACACGCAAACUCGCUUUUGGAGCUAACUUCACAACAUAAAUGUUCGAUCUUUUUCAACUACAUCGAGGCUUGAGCUUUUUGGGAUUACGCUUUUCGGUAAUUAUUGUUUUACUCGUUGCAUACAGUGUGAUUCUGAAAUAUUUAUUGUGAUUCUAGUCAAAGACAUGGCUUUAAGCGUUGCACUACCUCUGGCGGGGUUGGAGACGGAAAACUUUAACUCGUUCAGCUCGUUCGGGCUCAUAGACAUAGCGGGCCUGUCUCAGUCGCAAUCAAGCCCGAGCCCAUCAGUCUCCAGCGAAUCAAGCGGUAUCGGGUCGCUGGGGUCGCUAAAAUCAGAAUCUGUUAACAGCGACUCCUUGCCAUCUAGUCCUCAAACAACAGAGAAGAAAAUAUUCGAACCCGUGGUGCAGCCACAGCCACGUCCAAAAGAGAAGAUAGCCGAUGAUGUCAAAAUCAAUUACGAAGGACGCGACAUCCUCAACCUGAUGGGUAACCUGACGGACCCGCGGUGGAGCUAUCGCCCUACCGUGCUGCCGCCGAACAACCCGGCGCUGUUCUUCGCCAACCGCUCCCAGUAUCACCGGUUGGGCCCGUAUGGAACUCGCACACAGUACGUAAAGGACUCUUGCCGCCUCUGCGGCUUCUCGUGGGUCGUAGCUGCCACAGAUUGACGUGACUAUGAGUCAGCAUAAAUACAGAACAAACAAAUGUGAAAUGGGUAUGACUGGAACACAUCAGGGUGCAUAUCAACUUCUCUAACUCUUACUGUCACUGGGUGGUGCUUAGUACCAUCAUUAGCUGAACCAUGGCUUUAGUUCCUGCUUUUUUUAUGAAAUGCGUUGUGACUACUUGUUGUUUUUCAUAAAAAUGACAAGAGAUUAUCAUUUAUUUUGCUUGUUGUUAUCUUUUUGACUUAUGUUUUUACAUUCUAUUUUAAUAAUUUGUUAUCAACUAAGUAUGAAAUGUUUUACCAUGACUGACAUGAAAUUAUAUCAUGGUUUGUUUACUUGAACUAAAGCAAUGGUUCUGUGACACUUUCCUAUAUUAGUUUGUUCCUAUGCUGACCUGUUGUGCUCCAGUUCUACGGAUGACUGUGGAAUAUGUAUGUGGCUAUCGUCGCGCGCAUUCGUAGAGUUACAUUUUAAACGUGACUUAAUACUGUGAUCUUAAUUUAAACAAGACAAUUUUUGACAAAUUCUGUGAAUGGAAUGCGUGACGAUUCAUGACUUCGUUUUUGUUUUAACUUAUUUAAUUGUGUGAUAAAGUUAGGCUUAAUAAUUAAUAGUACGGACUUGCAAUGCCAUAAAUAUUUCCAGAUUUAUUCCAAAAAGCAGCAUUUCUAGGUCCCAGUCUCAAAAAAAGACAAAAUUGGAUCAAAACAAAAGUAAUUCCAUCAACAAAUUAAAUUAUAACAUAUUAAAGUAAUAUAUUUAUGCUACACUUAGUUCCUCUUAGAAAUGUUAAUGAUUUGUUAUCCAAAGAAUAUUAUAUUAACUAUAAAUUGUUGAGCAUACAAUUUAUAUUGAUUAGUAUAAAAUACAAAGGGUGUAACUCAACCCCAUGGAUUUUGUGUCCAAUUAAUUACUCUUAAAGCAAUAUUUAAAUUAUGACAUUUACUUAUGAUAUCAUAAUGAGUUAUUUCCCACCAUUACAUGUAAUAGUUUUUAUUUAAAUAUUGUUUUAUAAUAUUCUUUAGUAGUGUAGGAGAUAAUUUAGAUAUUUAUAUUCCACAGUCAUUUAUCAAUAGGAUCGUCAUUGUUUAAAACCAAAAGGCUGCUUCUCGGAUGUUAUUUAAAUUUACGAUUUUGACGAGAUAGGCACGAAUUUAAAGCCAAGCUGUAGAUUUAAUUUUAAGAUGUAAUUAUGAUGAUUGUUGGAUUUACCGUCCGAGCAUUACAUAAUAAUAGUGAUGACAUAUAAUCUAGAGGAUACAAUCUUGACACAUUACCCUAAACUAAAUCAACUUCUUAUCAACUCAACUAUAAAGCUUUGAACAACUCAUUUGUAAUUAUAAUAUGAUGAGCCCAUGUGGAACAUAGUCAAAAUGGGUUAUCAGUGCAUAUCAUCACAAAUUAAUGCAGUGAUUAGAUAAUCUAAGGUAUUAGUAGUUGUUACAGACCGUUUUAAAACGUUUGAGUCAUUGAUACGCCCAGAUGCUGGGCUUCUAGUGAAAUUAUAGUAAGUGUCGUUAACAGACUGGCAAUAUAUCUAUGUACGUGCAUAUAUAAAUGUAAUAUUUGUGGUCUCUUAAUUUAGUCAAGAUAUUUAAUAGUGUGAGUCUCUUCAAUUACAUGUAAGUAAUGUAUAACAUACUAACUAUAUUGAAUAAUUGAUACUGUCCUUUUGUGCAACUUUAGUUCUGCUAUGUUGUGAUCAGCUUUAAAUUGGAACUGGAGUAUUUGUACACAAUAAUGUUGAAAUAUUUCCCACAUAGUUAUUUUUAUAAAAAAUGUUGAUAUGAGACAAUACAGUAUGUAGUUUUCAAAAUUUUCCUUUACAUCUUAUCGCGUUUGCUUAAAGGUUUGGCAAAUAUUUUGGAAGGGACCAACAUGCGCGCAUUGUUUUCUCAGAACACUUAUUUAUGUCGGCGUAGUAGUUCACUCCCAAGCUGUUUUUGUAGUCGUGAAUUUUGUUUCAAUUUGCAUUUCAAACGACUAAGUACUCGAUGUCGACCAUGUCCACAAGCUUUCAUUUCUGUUUUGUCUGUAAUCAAUGAACUGGGCUAUGAACACAAAACUUAAGCAAGUAGUUGAAGUUUACAAAAUAAAUAUUUAUUUACGUAUUUAUGAUUCAGUGGGUAAUGACUGAACAUAUAGCAUGGAUCUCAGAAUGCAGCUAACAGUGAUACACAUUCGUUUAUUGCCUUGUAAGAAGCCGCCCCUCAACGUGCUGUUGGCGAAUAAAUAAUUAUAUAUCAAUGUUUAGCGGUGGCUUCAUUUGCCUAGUGUGCUAUAUCCUCAGUCACACGGACUCACAAAAUGGUUGUUAUUGGUUAAUUUAAAAUCAAGUGUUGCAUUCAGAUUAUUUUUAGUUUUUAACUUUAAUAUGACAAAGCUGCAAUCGAAUGUAGUUCAAAGGAAAGUAUUUGGAGCGAUACGCACAGUUAGUAGACUAGCUCUUGUUGUGAAUGUGUCCUAAGUUAGUAGAUCCCCGUGCGCACUGCGCAGCGAGCGCUCGAGCGGCGCCGCGGCGCGACAACAAGAGAGGCCGAGGUGCGAUGCAAUAUUUGCAUUCCAGAUUUGUGUUUAAGUUAGCAGCCGAGGGUAGUAGUUGUUAAUGUUUUAUUUAAUCCACAUUACCAAAUAUUUUGGUUGUUGUGCUAUUUAUUUUAACAAAAUUUUCUAAAAACAUCAAUUUAGUACCUUCCAUUAAUAAGUGUCUUCAAAUGAUUUUACAAUGUUUUAAUCAUUUCAAUUUUAUGCAUUUUAUUUUGUUUUAGUCAAAUCAUAUACAUGAUAUUAUACAUAAUAUUACUAUAUGUUGUAUUAUAUCUAUUGUUCAUUCAUAUGAUAAAUAUUUUUUUCUCAUUGAACUGUAGUCAAAUGACAGUAUUUUUAUAAUGAAAAUUGUAUAAGAAUGAAGGGUUUUUUGCCUGACGCGUGUGGCUAGCGCCAGCGAGUCCGCGGGCCAGCCUCGAGCCAGCCCGCGGGCUCCGGCCCAGCGACACGCGUCCUGUGGGUAUUACGUAUAUCUGAUAAGCAUUAUGUAGGUUUAGCGAAAUAGAUUUACUCGGAGAUGAACUCCAGUACCAAAACUUAUUGGUUCAAUGUUGUUCUCGUAUUAUGGUGAUAUAGUGCGUCGCGCGCGGCGCAGAGCUCAAUAUUUUUAGUAACCCUUAAGAAAAUUAAUACCUCUUUUGAAAAAAAUAUAAUAUAUAUGAUAUAUAGUAUAUCCAAUCGAUAAUCACAUAUUAUGUAUUUCCCUGUUUAUUUUGAUGUGAUAUCAUAAAUGACUGAUCUGAAUUUAGUUUUUAAGUUGGUUAUUGAUAUGCAGUGCUAUUUCGAGAGUGUAAUUAAGAUUUAAUAUUGAAAGUGCCAAUGCUCGUAAUUUAAUCUUUAUGACUGUUCCUUUAUCGUAGCUGUUUGUGAGGGCGCAGCCCGCUACUCCUUUGUCAACUUCAGUAUAAGCAAUCUUCCUUUCUUACACUAAGUUAUCGAUUUAUUGUUUAAUGAAAUCACGUAACGUGCACAAUCUCAGUAAUGCUUGCAAUAUUAUAUGUAACAUGUUUUAUUCCUCACUUAUAAUUUAUAAUCCAGCGUAAUGUUAAGAGUACAAUAUGAUGAUGUUAUUAUAUCAUUCUAGUAUCAAAAUUAGCCGAAGAUGUUAAUAUUAUUAGUUAGGUAAAUUUUAACAUAGCUUUGUAUAAUUGGGAUGUUUUAGUAUUUAGUAGUGUAUGAUUACGGCGUAGUGGCAAGCAAAAUGUCUCGUGAAUGAAGUGAAUAAUAUUAGUGGCAAUAAUACUCGAUGUAAGUCCCCUGCCAAGAGACUUGUACAGGGUCGCGCGCCGCCGCCCGCGCCCGCCCGCGCUCGCCCGCGCUCCGCGGUCCUCGGCGGGCCGGCGCAUACACAACUGAACGUUAGGAACUAGGCGUUUAUUUGUUGUAAUUAUAAUAAUAGACGUAGGUAUUUUAUCGUACUUAAAUAAUUAUUCUUGCGAUGCCUUAAUUCUGGUUGUCAAUUAGACAUGUCUCUGCCUAGAGUGUUAUCAUUGUUUUUAUUUAUUUUAGUUUUUGCUGUUCCGGCUUCCUCCGAGAACUUCCAGUCCAGGCUGUUCUUUUGAAAUGAUUUUGAGGUCGAUUUAUUUUUACCUAAGUGUUCUUAUUAAAUGUUACCAAAAUGUUUUUAAUAAAAUAUUUUUAUAUGUA